AUGUCUAUAAUUGGUGGAAUUCAUGUUCCGGUAAUGUUAAAAGAGACCCUUGAUUAUCUCAAUUUAAAACCAGGAGGAGUUUAUAUUGACUGCACCUUUGGUAAAGGCGGUCAUUCGAGAGCCAUCCUCGAAAAAUUAGUAAAAGAAGAACAUUUAGAAAAACUGGGUAUUCAAGCAGUAGAUGGAUUUUUGUUUGACUUAGGACUUUCUUCGGAUCAAUUAGUUGAAGAAGAUCGAGGAUUCAGUUAUCGUUUAAACUCACCACUUGAUAUGCGAAUAAGCAAGGAAAAUGAAUUAAAAGCCGAAGAGAUUAUUAAUAAUUAUUCUUGUAAUAAGCACCCCGCCCGCAAAGUAUUUCAAGCCCUCCGAAUCUUUAUUAACCAAGAAUUGGAAAAUUUAACCAAAGCCUUAGAAGCGACCUUUAAAUACCUUGCCAAAGAGGGAAGAAUUGUGGUGAUUAGUUAUCAUUCCUUAGAGGAUAGAAUUGUUAAACAAACUUUCAAAAAAUAUGCUUCUCCACACUUCCAAAUUAUCACUAAAAAACCCCUCAUUCCUACUCGAUUAGAGAUAAUUGAGAACCAUCGGGCUCGGAUGGUGCUUAUAGUAGGAAUAAUCAUAGGAUUUCUUAUUAGAAAUUAUAUUUUAAAAAAUCAAAUGAAAGAAUUGCAAAAGAAAAUGCAAGAACCUGAUAAAGAACAGGUAAGAAACAUGUUAUCAGCCUUAGGUAAAAAACCUUCAGAAGAGCAAGUUAACCGAUUUAUUAGCAUGACUAAAAGUUCGGCCAAAAAAGGUCAGGAUAAUGCUAAAAAACUCUCCUUAAAAAAGAAAAAAAAAUAA